AUGGCUCUUCUCCAAUUCAUCAGCGCUGGUCUACCACGCGUCCAAGUGCCAACAUCAGUGCACAGCGAUCAUCUCAUUGUCGCAGAGUACGGAGCCAAGAAGGACCUUGAGCGCGCUGCGGGUGAUCAUCGCGAGGUCUAUGCCUUUCUCAGCAGCGCAGCGAAGAAAUACGGGAUAGGGUAUUGGAAGCCUGGUGCAGGUAUCAUACACACUACGAUCUUUGAGAAUUACGCUUUCCCGGGCGGUUUGUUUAUUGGUACGGACUCGCAUACUCCCAACGCCGGUGGAAUGGGUGUUCUUGGUAUUGGAGUUGGCGGCUCCGAUGCUGUGGAUGCCAUGGCUGGAAUGCCUUGGGAACUUGUUUGUCCCAAGGUCUUGGGUGUUCGUCUCACGGGAAGCUUAUCGGGAUGGGCCUCUUCCAAGGACAUCAUUUGCAAGCUUGCCGGCAUAUUGACUGUCUCUGGUGGAAAGGGCAAGGUCAUCGAAUUCUUUGGUCCUGGCGCUGAGACCUUGGGAGCCACGGCCAUGGCCACUGUUUGCAACAUGUCAGCCGAGGUCGGAUCAACAUCAUGUAUCUUCCCUUACUCACAGGCUAUGGCACGGUAUCUUACAGCGACUAAGCGAGGAGACAUCGCUCGCUAUGCUGACGGCUUCACUGAGACAUUGCUUACUGCCGACCGUGGUAGCGAGGACUACUACGACGAGGUCAUUGAGAUCGAUCUCUCAACGCUUGAACCUCACAUCAACGGCCCCUUCACCCCCGACCUCUCACACCCCUUAUCCCAAUUCAAGACACGAGUUCAGGAAAGCUCCUGGCCCUCCAAUAUCAGUCAUAGUAUGGUCGGCAGCUGCACCAAUAGCUCCUACGAGGAUCUCGAGAAGGUCUACGACUUGGUUCAACAGGCCAAAAAGGCAGGCAUUGACCGGCUUAGGACACCCUUCAUGGUGAGCCCCGGUAGUGAGCAGAUCCGUGCAACUGCGGAGGAUAGUGGUAUCCUACCAAGUCUGAGAGAUGCUGGAGCUGUCGUCCUCAGCAAUUCUUGCGGACCCUGCGUUGGGCAAUGGGACAGGAAGGAUGUCGAUGUUGCUGGCGCUGAGAACAAUUCGGUCAUUUCUAGCUUCAAUCGCAACUUUACUGGUCGGCAUGAUGGAAACCCCGCUACGCAUUCUUUCGUCUCGUCACCCGAGAUCGCCACUGCUUUUGCUUAUGCUGGUGAUCUAUCCUUCAAUCCCAUGCAUGACACCAUUCCCAUUGACGAGUCGGGUAACUCUCACUUCCGUUUCGCCCCUCCCGUCGCCAAGGAACUCCCAGAAACCUUUGUCGCUGGUAGUGAUCUCUUCCAGCCACCUAUUCUGGAAGAUACGUCAGAUUACAAAGUUGCCAUCGAUGAAGGCAGCGAUCGCCUGGAGCUUCUGACGCCCUUUGAGCCCUGGAAGCCAGGCCAAGCAGAAAACAUGCAAGUCCUGGUCAAAGUCUCUGGAAAGUGUACCACAGAUCAUAUUUCCCCCGCAGGGCCAUGGUACAACUAUCGCGGUCACCUGUCCAACAUCAGCCAUAACAUGCUCCUCGGCGCAACGAAUGGAUUCCUCCCCGACGCCAGUUCGUUAAUCAUGACUGGCAAGACGCGAGACCCUACAGAUGGCACCAUCAAGUUCAUCCACAAAGCAGCGAGAGCAAUGAAGAACGCUGGUAUACGAUGGUGCAUCAUUGGUGAUAACAACUACGGCGAGGGUAGUUCCAGGGAACACGCUGCGCUAGAGCCCCGGUUCUUGGGUGGUGUGGCAGUCAUCGCAAAGAGCUUUGCCCGCAUUCAUGAGACGAACUUGAAGAAGCAGGGGAUGUUUCCGUUGACGUUUGCGGACCCAUUGGAUUAUGACAGGAUACAGGAGAGAGAUGUUAUAAGUUUGCUGGACGUCGAUGGCGAUGCGCUCCAGCCGGAGAAGCAAGUUACGAUGAAGGUGGUGAGUAAGGAUGGGACUGAAUGGACGGCGCAGUUGAACCACUCGUACCACGCGCACCAACUUGCCUGGUUACGCGCCGGAAGUGCUCUAAAUCACGUCAAGAAGACGAUCUUGGGCAGCACGGCUUGA